CUCAUCCUAUUUAUUGCACCGCUCACUCAUCCUAUUUAUUGCACCGCUCUUCAUCCUAUUUAUUGCGCCCCUCCCCUGCCCCACAAAACAAAAAAUGACAAAAAAACCAACAAUAGAAAUACUCAGCUUCACACCCGUGGCCCUGUGGUCCUUAGACACCCAAGUAGAGAACUGUGCAAUAUGCCGCAACCAUAUAAUGGACACGUGCAUAGAAUGCCAGACCGGCCGAGCGGUAACCACCGAGUGCACGAUAGCAUGGGGAAUGUGCAAUCAUGCGUUUCAUUCGCACUGUAUAUCGCAGUGGUUGAAGUCUAAGCCUAUUUGCCCGUUGGACACGCAGAAAUGGGAGUUUAACCAUGGUGUUGGUAAGUGAUAGUGUGGUGAGUGUUGGUAGAGUACGAUGUAUUAAAUGGUGAUAAGCGGUA